CGGACCCGAUUCCCUCUCUACAGCUGUCCUUCUCUCUCAUCAUACCCUGCAAAAGUCAUCGUUCCCCCAUUUUUUUUCUUCCCCUUCCCCCAUUUCUUGCGCCUCUCUCUCUAUUCUCUGCCGCGUGUUUCUCUACUACUAUCCCGUUUCGAUUUCUGGUUGUAGUUUGGUUUUCUUGCAAUCUACGCCUUGGUUGUUGUUGUGUUCUUCCUCUUCAUUUCCACCACUUGAUUCCUAAUGCUUGCUUAAGUUGAGGGCCUUUGAUUUGAUUUGAUUUGAUUUCUUGAAUACCCAUUUUGGAGCUUUGGUUGAAUGUGGAGAGCUGUGCUUGUUUGAUGAAAAGAAUUGUUUAGUUGCUUUACAAGGGUGUUUUUAGUUCAUGGAGAAGGACAAACCCCAAAGCCAUUCUGGUGGAUUUCUUCCCCCAUCGAGUCGCUACUCGAGUCUUUCACCAACUGCAAGUAGUUUCAAUGGAAAAUCCGAGACUGCUUCGUGUUCAAUGUCGCUUCCUCCAAUGGCUCCGAGUCCUAAUUCUUCCGAUUCGGGUCAAUUUGGUCGUGGAAUGUCCAGUGAUUCCAAUCGGUUCAGCCAUGAUAUUAGUCGGAUGCCUGAUAACCCGCCGAGAAAUAUGGGUCAUCGACGUGCCCAUUCCGAGAUUCUGACUCUUCCUGAUGAUAUUUGUUUUGACAGUGACCUUGGUGUCAUCGGUGGUGCUGAUGGGCCUUCCUUUUCUGAUGAUACUGAGGAAGAUUUGUUGUCCAUGUACCUUGACAUGGAUAAAUUCAAUUCUUCCUCUGCUACCUCUGCAAUGCAAGUUGGGGAGUCAUCUUCCGCUGCUGUAGAAGCAAGAUCAACUCCUACUUCAGGAAUUGGAGCUACAACUUCUAAGGAUGAUGCUGCUGUUGGUUUGAAGGAGAGGCCAAGAGUUAGGCACCAGCACAGCCAGUCCAUGGAUGGCUUGUCAACCAUAAAGCCUGAGAUGCUUGUCUCAGGGUCUGAAGAAGUUUCUGCCGCUGAUUCCAAGAAAGCUAUGUCAGCUACAAAGCUUGCUGAGCUUGCGCUAAUUGACCCCAAACGUGCAAAGAGGAUAUGGGCAAAUAGACAGUCAGCUGCUAGGUCAAAGGAAAGAAAGAUGCGGUACAUUGCUGAGCUUGAACGGAAAGUUCAGACUCUGCAAACAGAGGCAACCUCAUUAUCUGCUCAAUUAACCCUCUUACAGAGAGACACAAACGGUCUUACUGCUGAGAACAGUGAGCUUAAGCUGAGGUUGCAGACAAUGGAGCAGCAGGUUCACCUGCAAGAUGCUCUAAAUGAAGCAUUGAAAGAGGAAAUUCAACAUUUGAAAAUAUUGACUGGCCAAGCAAUCCCAAAUGGUGGAUCAAUGUCAAAUUUUGCAUCCUUUGGAGCCAGCCAACCAUUUUACCCAAACAAUCAAGCAAUGCACACUUUGUUAACUGCUCAGCAAUUUCAGCAACUACAAAUCCACUCGCAGCAGCAGCAGCAACAACAACAGCAACAUUUUCAGUACCAUCAGCUGCAUCAGCUUCAGCAGCAACCAACGGGGGACAUCAAAAUGAAAGGACCGACUUCUUCUCCGAGUUCGAAAGACAACACAUCAGAUACGUCCUCUCCCUCUUGUUGAAAAAGAUAGCCUGUGAACCUACUGGUUCUUAAAGCUUUUCAUGGUUAGCUAUCAGAAAUUUAGUUGCAUUUGUUAUCCAAAUACCACAUUUCUGUCCUCCCUACUACAAAAGCAUUUUGUUUUCGUUCCCUGUGUCUGUUAAUUUAUGUGUAAUGUUCAUUUGUUGUAGACAGACAUGUUGUAGUUGCCGCUUUGUUGUUAGAUUGUGGAUAUCACAGUUUCUCUUAUUAUUUGUAGCUUACUUUUCUUUUCAAGGUUUAUUAUUAACCUUUUUCUUCCUCCA